GCGACUGGGUUCUCCCUCCGUGAUCAUCGCAUCCAGGGAGCGAGAGAGAGAGCAGUAAUGGCGGCCGGGUAGAUCCACACACAAACACCGCGUCCGCAAUCAGCCGCACUCACCGCAGCCCUCCGGGGGCAACCAGCCUCACACACCGCGGCGGAGCCAGCGCGAGAGACACGGAGCGGAGAAACGGGAUUCAGGGGGGACGGGAAAUCUUCCGCGGACCGUUGCUGCCUGGGACUUUCCUUCUACUUUUCAAAAAAAAAAAAAAAAAAAAAAAAAAAAGAGGAGAAAAAAAGAAAAAGAAAAAAAAAAACAUGGAUGAGCACCCCGGCGGAGGAGGGGUCGGAGCGGGCGCCCCACGACAGCCUCCGCCGCCACAGCAACAGCAACAGGGGAGUAACAGCAGCGCUAAUCCGCCGAUCGGAGGUGGCGGCGGAGGAGUCAUGGUGCCGCACCAACCGGACGAGCUUCCCCGGCCACAGCAACAGUACACCAUCCCCGGCAUCCUACACUACAUCCAGCAUGAGUGGGCCCGGUUCGAGAUGGAGAGGGCGCACUGGGAAGUGGAGAGGGCCGAGCUCCAGGCGAGGAUAGCGUUCCUGCAGGGGGAGAGGAAAGGUCAGGAGAACCUGAAGAACGACCUGGUUAGAAGAAUAAAAAUGUUAGAAUACGCUUUAAAGCAAGAAAGAGCAAAAUAUCACAAGUUAAAAUAUGGAACAGAGUUAAAUCAAGGGGAGAUGAAGAUGCCAAGCUUUGAAUCAGACACCAAAGACUCUGAGGUCUCUGCUGUUCCUGCCAACAGUCAGCUCACCUGGAAACAAGGAAGACAACUACUCAGACAGUACCUGCAGGAAGUAGGAUACACAGACACCAUCCUGGACGUUCGUACUCAGAGGGUUCGCUCUCUGCUCGGCCUGUCGGGCUCCGAGCAGAACGGAUCUGUGGAGAACAAGAACCUGCAGCACCUGAUCAACGGGACGGAGCGCCGCAAGGACAGCAAGAGGAGUCCAGGUGACGUUCUGGAGACGUUCAACUUCCUGGAGAACGCCGAGGACAGUGACGAAGAGGAGGAUGAGGAGGGAGACCUGAUGGAUGACAUCAGCACUGACAAACACCACCGAGCCAAGAAACACAAGACAAAGGUGGGGAACGAGGGCUUGGCAUCGGAGGACGACGCCGACACGGAGGAGGCUCUGAAGGAGUUUGACUUCCUGGUGACGGCGGAGGACGGAGAGGGAGCGGGCGAGGCUCGGAGCUCCGGAGACGGGACGGAGUGGGGUGAGAGAGGAGCGGAGCCUCUACCGUUUCCUCCCGGCGGGGGGAAGUCCUUCCUGUUGGGGGGGUCGGACGACGUUUUGGAGAGCGUGCUGGGUUUGGGCGACCUCGCCGACCUCACCGUCACCAACGACGAAACGGACUACAGCUACGACAUGCCGUCCAAUAAGGAGUCUUCGUUCAGGAAGACGUGGAACCCAAAGUACACGCUGCGGAGCCACUUUGACGGCGUUCGAGCGCUGGCCUUCCACCCCGUCGAGCCGUGUCUGGUCACCGUGUCCGAGGACCACACCCUCAAACUGUGGAACCUCACCAAGACCGUCCCCGCCAAAAAAAGUGCCUCUUUUGAUGUGGAGCCCGUCUACACAUUCAGAGCUCAUGUCGGUCCAGUGUUGUCGUUGGCGAUGACCUCCAGUGGUGAACAGUGUUUCAGUGGAGGCAUCGACUCGACCAUCCAGUGGUGGAACAUCCCGAGCUCUAACGUGGACCCCUACGAUACCUACGAUCCCAGUGUCCUAGCGGGAUCGUGGACGGGGCAUACAGACGCCGUGUGGGGAUUGGCUUACAGCGGCAUCAAGAACCGCCUCCUGUCCUGCUCGGCCGACGGAACGGUGAAACUGUGGAACCCGACGGAGAAGAACCCCUGCAUCAGCACUUUCAACACAAACAAGGAGCACGGUGUCCCCACGUCAGUGGACUUCAACGGUUGUGACCCCGCCCACAUGGUGGCGUCCUUUAACAGUGGAGACGUGGUGGUGUAUGACCUGGAGACUUCCCAGAAUGCACUGGUGCUGAAGGGGCAGGGAGAAGGCACCCUCCCAGGGUCCAAUCAUAUCAAUAAGGUGGUCAGUCACCCCACGCUGCCCGUCACCAUCACCGCUCAUGAAGACCGCCACAUCAAAUUCUACGAUAACAAGUCAGGUAAAGUGAUCCAUGCCAUGGUGGCUCACCUGGACGCAGUCACCAGUCUGGCAGUGGAUCCUAACGGGAUCUACCUGAUGUCUGGAAGUCAUGACUGCUCUCUGCGUCUGUGGAACCUCGACAGUAAAACGUGCGUCCAGGAGAUCACCGCUCACCGGAAGAAGAGCGAGGAGGCCAUCUACGACGUGGCCUUCCACCCCUCCAAGGCCUACAUCGCCUCCGCCGGAGCGGACGCCCUCGCCAGGGUCUACGUGUAGACGAGGAGGAGAAGAAGAAGCAGAGGGCUGCGGGGCGAGAGACUCAGACAGACAGAGAGAGAGAGAGAGACAGGCUGGUCUGUUCACACAUUAACAGUAUUCAGGUCUGUUCAGGUCUCUGAACACGGGAUCUCCAUCAGACGACUGAAAACACACACACACACACACACACAUACACACACACACACUGUGAGGAGGCGGAGCUGAGCUGUGUGUGAGUGUGUGUGUCUCCCUCCGACUGACGGAGACGUCCAGCAGCAGAGACACAAACAGAAACGACCACUGAGCAGCUCACCUGUCCUGUGAUGUCACCUGCCCUCGUGACGUAGCUCUGAUGACACUACACGAAGCCCCGCCCCCUUGUGUUGACACUAGUCUGACCUCCUGACCCCGCGGGGGCGCAGCCGACGGACUCAAAGGAAAAAUCCCGCCUCAGCUCGGUGAAGCCGUCGUUUCACCGCGUCGUGUUUCUUCUUCUCUGUGGAUGACGAUGACGUCAGCGGGUUCAGUCCAGAAGAAGAACGUGAGGCGGAUUUUUCCUUUGAAGCGUCGACCUCCGGCCGCCGACUCACGGGAAAAGACGAGGGAACGGAACGUUUGGCGUUUUAAGUCUCUGUGAUUUUAAACUGAACUGAAGCUUCAGGAAAAAACCACAACAGAUUUUGACCUAAUUUUUUACAGUGUUUUUAAAGAUAGUUCAUUAAGGCGUGGAGACGUUGAGACGGAGAGCUAAACGUUAGCUGUAACGUUGAGCGGACGCAGAGCUAAACGUUAGCUGUAACGUUGAGCGGACGCAGAGCUAAACGUUAGCUGUAACUCCAAACAUCACGUCGGGUUGAAAGUCAGACGUUCUGUUUCUGUCUCUCUGACAACGUGUGAGCUGAUUGGACGUCCAUCCUAACGGGAACACGGGAUUGGUUAAUGCACCCCCACCUCAGCCCCCCGGGGGGGCCAGUCAGAGCCCUGCGUUUAAACACGAGCGAAGGAUUCAGACGUUUAGCGUUACUGUAGUUACGUAUGGACGUUUUCUGUUUGUGUAAAAUAAAUCUAGUUUUUAUAAUCAUUUUUAUAAAUGUGGAAACGUCUCGUUAACGCCACAGAGGAAGAUUCUGGUUCCUCGUCCCGUCCGGUCCUGCCAUCACGACGCUCACAGACCCCGCCCCUCUACUUCCUGUUUCCUGUCGCAUGAUGAUUCUCAGAGCACGUCUCCGUCUGAACGUAAAGAUGGAGUCUGGUUUCUGGAUCUCAGUCUGCAUUUCACAAACUGUAGAGGAGAGAUGAAGAGCUGGAGUGUUGAGACUCGGCCGAGGAGGAGGAGGAGGAGGAGGGUGUUAACGAGCUCUGAUAACGAUGUUUGUAUGUCAGCGUGUGUCCAAACAGAUUUAAUCUUUAAGACGAUAAUUCACGAUUAAUCCUGAAAGAGUGAAGCUGCUCUCAGCUCAGCGGGACAGAUCGUCUCUAUGGAGACGUCCAGGACAAGAAAGACAAACACCUCUGAGGACGUUUGUGACUGUUAAACCCUGGACAGUGUUUCAUCAGACAGGUGCGAGACGUUUGACUCAUCACAUCGUCAGACAGCUCACUUUAGUUAGCGUACCGUAACGUGAGGCGUCCAUGUGUGUUCGGUUUUCAGGAACAUGUCAGAGACUUCAGACAAAACAUAAUUAAACACUGAUGAUGACGACGACGAAGGCUUUUAACUCCCAGGUGACGUGAACGACUGAGACUCAGCUUGAUCAACGUCUUCAUCACUCUGUUUAGUUUUCCACCUUUUGUCUUCACCCUGAGCGGAGGCGGAAUGAACCAGGACACCUGAACACACCUGUGCAGGUGAACAAGUGGCAGGAGUUUUUUUGUUUGUUUUUUUUUAAUGUUUGAAUAUUUAAUUUAUUGAUAUUUUAAACUCUAAAAAUCAGCAGCUGCUUUUAACCUGCAGUGAAAUAACUGCUGUUGAAUCAGGUUUGUUUUUCUUUAACGUUCAUUUACCAGAAGGUCAAAUCACAUUUGAUUAAUUAAUUAAUUAAUCAAUAAAUCCUGGGUUCAGCUCACGCUGCAGACGUUCAGGUUUAAGUUUAAAUCCAUUGUUCUAAAUUUAAGCUUUUCUAACUGAAGUUAAAAUGAACCAGAGCUCAGAAACGUUAACUUCCUGUUUGGGGAGAAACGGUUUCUUUUACCUCAGAAACAGCCAGCAGAGCUCGUUAACUGCCAGCUUUCAUUCAGGAAAAUCACCGCGUGGCGUUCAGGUGUCGAUGGCUCAUGAAAAUCAGCAGCUGGAUGUGAAAAAACAAACAUCUGGACGUUCAGUGUCACAAACUCGGAACCGGUUCUAGAUUCCAGUUUGGAUUUUAACUUUUUUUGGCCGUUCGAGGGAAACUUCAGGUGUUUAACUAGAAGCGAUCAGAUUUACAGAGCGUCAAAGAGUACGUGAAUGCAGCGCAGUCUCUGUGGAAACGGGGCUGAUGCAGCAGUUAAUCCUCAGUCGAUGGUGUGUUCAGUGACAAGCUGCAGGUUCAGGUGGAGGCUUCAGCCCUCAGCUCCUCUUCCUCCUCCUCCUCCUCCUCAUAUCACUGUGUGACUUUUCUCUUUUUCUUCAUCACAGCUUCAUCAAGCAGACGUAACAUUUAUUUAUAUCAUGACGGUUUUAAAUCUCAUCCUUAUAAGGAAAAAAAACCGAUUUGAGCUGUAGGAGAAACUGUCCAAUCAGAGGCCUCCUGGGGGCCGGGUUUUGAAACAAAGCUGCCACCUGAUUGGCCGCCCCCGGCCCCGCCCUGCUCUGCCGUGCAUCGUUGUGGUUUGUUUCUGUUUUAAUUUAAUUUUGUAACUGAAGGGAUUUGUGACGUGAGCGGCUCCUGAUUGAUCACAACAAAAAUCUUUAUUUUUCUUUUCACCAACGCUACGACUUACUGUGUAACUAAAGACUUUUGUUUGUGUAAUGCAUGAUUAAUACAAUAAAGUAUUUUUUCUAGUCUUCCAAAAAAUGGAAAAAAAAAGUUCUGAUCAGUUUGCGAGUUUUGUAAGUUUUUUUCUUGUUUUUUGAUUUACAAACUAUGAAACAGCAGAUUUUAAAGAUUGUACCACAUAGCAGAAUACAACUGUAUAUAAAAUGUCUAUAAUAACUAUUAAAUGGUGUACCUGUACAGAG